AUGGGCCCGCAAUAUGAAGAGUUGAGCGAGCUACGCGUUACAGUUCAGCAGGUGAAAAACUGUAGCUUUUCUGCCUGGUAUGAUAGAUUUAAGGCGCAUACUGCUAAAGCAGUUAUUAUCAAGCCAUUGCCCCAUGAGUUUGUUCAGUAUCUUGAGCAGGAUAGUAUAACGUUAGCCAGUCAGGAUAAAUCCCCUUCUUCUUCCUACUUUGUAGCUCUGGAUCGUAACGAGGACAAUGAGUACAGCGAUUGGGAGGACGAGCAAGGGACCGAAACUGGAGAUAAUGAAAAUAAGAAAGACCCCAUGUCUCUUUUCCCAGAGGUUCAUCAAAAGAUUGCUACUGUGAUCUCAGAAAUGGGUGCCGUGUCGCCCAAGUUGAAUUGGUCCAGCCCGCAGGACGCGUCGUGGAUGUUGCCUGAAAAUUCGACCAAAUGCCGAGAGCCAAAUGACUUGUAUUUGCUGCUGAAUGCAUCUGACUACAUCACGCAUGAUUUAGAUGCCGCAUUCGACGGAUGCAUCGACAAAGAUGGACACAAUUCUGUGACAGACUUUGAACUUGUCUUGCGGCAGUGGCUCAAUAUCAACCCGGCUUUGGAGCUUCGCGUUUUCGUCAGAGAUGGGAAUAUAGUAGGCGUUUCCCAGAGAGAUUUGAAUUAUUACGAUUAUCUAAAACCGCUGUCACAUACCUUUGAGGACCUCGUAGACGAUUUUAUCGAAGAUAUUGUCCUGCCAAAUUUCCCGGACAAGUCGUUUGUUUGCGAUGUUUACAUACCGCGCCCUUUCUCGAAGGUGUGGCUCAUAGACAUGAAUCCCUUUAGUAGGACAACCGAUUCUCUUCUCUUUUCCUGGCAUGAACUGGUAAUCAAAGAUAUCAGCGACUGCGAAUAUGAAUUGAGGCUUGUUACGGAACAUAACAUUGGAAGAUUUGCUACUAAGGAACAUUCUGAAAAUCAAGUUCCAAGAGAAGUCGCAGACGCCGCUAUAGAUAGCAACGCUAUCCGAGAACUCACGCAAAAAUGGUCUCAACUUUUGAAAAUGCAACAAGAUUUCAGCGAUGACGAAUCUGACGGAGAAGAGUGCUAA